AUGAAUGCGGGUGUCCAAGCUCUCGCGUUCGUCUUCAAUCCCUUCUCGCUGUUUCCACCCCCACCUCUCUUUGUUUCCUCCCAAGGCUACCAAAGAAGGACGGCAGCUCAGUGUAGUCCCCACUAUCAACUGGACGCGUAUCCUACCCCGCGCGAACGAGAGGACGUCGCGCCCGCGCUGUGGGCCGCUCUGUGUGUGGCCGAAGCCGCCUGCGAUGUGGGAAAACCGAAAGCGGACUGCGUGGAGCGUACGCGCGCGCUCGUCGCCGCGAAGGAGGAAGAGGUCGGCGGUGCCGUCGAGAUCCGCUUCGACUACAUCAAGAUGAACGACCUCGUUAUCCCGCUCUACCAAUGGCUCGAUCAUGGACCUCUGCCCGAUCCUCAACGGCAUGUUCUCCUUCGUCCUCUUCGGCGAGUCCGUCUCGCUCCCGCGCAUCGUGUGCGACUCAAUUGGAAAUCUGGGAUCAUAAACCUCUCCGAGGACUGGUCCUCGGUGCGCCCGGGCACGACCUUCUUCGCGUCCGAGCUCAAAGUGCUCACCGACCUCUGCGACGAGAUUAUCUCCUUCUCCCCCAGCCACAUAGGCUUCGACUCGUGCGGACGGCUCGUUGACGCGUUACUUCCGCCUGGCCUGGUCGACGAGGUGGUUCGGAAGCGGCUCAUUAGCUGGCUCGACAGCAGCCUGAUCGCAUCCGUCGCCGCACGAGGCAAGGAGCGGGCUCCCGACGCCUGGUGA